AUGCGUCGGGCCGAGCCCCCCACCCCCGCGCGGGCUCCGCGGGGCGGGGCUCGCGCCUGCGCGGUGAGGCGAGCGGGCCCCGCGGUGCAUUGUGGGCGCGUUCCCGUGGUGCCGCGCGCCCGGCGCUCCCGCACCUCGCCCGCGGCCCGGGGUUCUCCGUGGAGCUGUCCCCGCGCCGCCGGAAGGACGCGCCUGCCUCGGCCGCCGCCGGCCCUGGAGCCGCUGCGGGACGUGCACCGGGGCCUGGCCCCGCCAUGCUGCGGCCCCGGCCGCCUGGCCGUCGUCUCGGGCCACUAUCUCUACUACCACUACGGCUGCGACGGGCUGGACGACCGCGGCUGGGGCUGCGGCUACCGCACUCUGCAGACGCUGUGCUCCUGGCCGCUCGGCCAGCCCGCGGGCGUGCCCGGGCUGCGCGCCCUGCAGGCGGCCCUGGAGGACAUGGGCGACAAGCCCCCCGGCUUCCGCGGCUCCCGGGACUGGAUCGGCUGCGUAGAGGCCAGCCUGUGCCUCCAGCACUUCGGUGGGCCUCAGGGGCGCCUGUGCCACGUGCCCCGUGGCGCGGGACUUGAGGGGGAGCUGGAGAGACUCUACUCCCACUUCGCAGGAGGAGGGGGCCCCGUCAUGGUCGGGGGAGACGCGGACGCCCGCGCCAAGGCCCUGCUGGGAGUGUGCCUGGGGCCAGGCACGGAAGCCCACGUCCUGGUGUUGGACCCGCACUGCUGGGGCGCUCCAAAGAGCCCCGCGGAGCUGCAGGCUGCCGGGUGGGUGGGCUGGCGAGAGGUGCCCGCGGCCUUCGACCCCCGCUCCUUCUACAACCUGUGCUACACCAGCCGGGACUCCGCCCCGGAGGCGCGGCGCGGCCUGGACUGAGGGGCCCGGCCCGGGAAGAUCCGGGAGGAAGCACGCCGAGGCGGAAGUCACGAGGAAGUGCUUUUACUGG